GGAUAAACAAGUUAAUUAUGAAAAAGAACCUAAUUGAAUAAUUAUCAUGUAACUGUUUGAAAAAAAAAAAAAAAAAAAAACCAACAAACACCAGACGGUAAAAUCUGAACUGAAAGAAGUCCUGGUACAAACAAUGAGUAGAUGCGAGUUUUGCAAUCAACAUUUUCGAACUCAAGGAAUUUUAUCGUCGUCCCAGCUUUCCGCUCAAUGUACAUCUUGUUCAGCGAUCAUCCAGCUUCUACGCGGAGGUAUCACUAUUCCAUGUUGUCCCAAUUGCAAUUGCAAGACUGGAGUUUUACAGAUGGAACAGAAAAAACAAAGGGUUCAGAUACAAGGCAUCGAACAAAACGGUGAUCAAAACGACGUUCAAAAUGGCGAUCAAAAAAACAAUUCAAAGGGACAAACGACGGAAAAUCAAGUACAAGCGAGGUAUCAUCAAGUGGAAACGACGGAGAAUCAACGAAAUCAUUCGAAAAAUAAUAAUUCUCGAGCCUUAACGAGUUUUACGAAGAUGACUGUAACAGUACACUGCGCAUCGCCAAGCACAACAAUGGAAGUAGCGACUUCAACCGGAUCAAAGGAAAACGUUGUUACCACUUAUAUCCCGCUACAGGGACCACCUCUAAUGCUAUCUAAUAACGAAAAAUCUCAGAACACAACACAGAUUCCAAUAAUGUAUCAGCAAACUGAAAAUUCAAUAGAGAUGUUACAUUCGAAAGAUGAAAAUCAGACAGUACAGGUUCAAGAAAUCGAACCGCCCAAAGAAUUGUUUAUUUCUGCGGCAGAAAGUGUCGAAUUAGAAAAAUAUAAUAACGAGAAUGAGGAGGUAAAACUUCCUUUGCAAAUUAAGGAUAGUAAAGAAAGCACAGAAAUUAAAAAAAAUGAUGUUAAAGAAUUACGAUCAAAUCAAGUUUCACAUCCGAGAAUACAUAGGUCAGAUACAAAUGAUAAUAAUUUAACGAAUAAAGGUCGAAAAAGCAGAGAACAAAAUAAUUCUGCGAAACAAAAUAAAAGGAUUAAGAGAACAAGAUGUGUAACAUUGCAGAAGGAUAAAAAAGAUAAUGCUCGUACAUAUUCGAGAUUUUUACCAUUGGAAGAUAUAAAGACUAGAGAUUUGAAGGAUGUAAGAUGUAACGAACAGGAUUACAUGCAGACUAUUUGCAUGCCUAUAAUCCCUCACGAAGUCGUUGAACAUCCACAUUGUGGCAGAACUAUCAUGUCAUCGGUUUUUCAACGAAACAAUAGAAUUGAUCCAGCAUACAUGCCAGAAUGCGAAACUUAUAUCGCUCAAACGGAGAAUCCAUAUAUUCAAGGUGAAGUUGAUACUCCAACUGAGCCGUCUACUAUCCUCCCGAUUGCAGCUACGACAAAUACAGAUGUAUGCACGACAUGUAAAAAGGAGAAGGUAAAUAGGAAUUCUUAUUUCUUUCACAAAGAUUGUAAUCUCUUUUUUUUUUAUUAUUAUUAUUGGUUAUCGUUUUCUCAUUUUUCUCUCUUUUUUUAUUCCCUGUUUCCAUAAGCUAAUAUCUUUCAGUAUUAUAAUAUAUACAAAGAUAAUGAAAGAAGAGUUUACUGCAAUUUAUGUAUUUCUCCAUGUUCAAAUAAAGUAUAUGUACACACACACACACGCGCGCGCGCGCGCGCUCACACUCACACACAUAUAUAUAUAUAAUGAUAAAAAUUUAACUUUUUUAUGGCUUUGAUAAAUCAUUUCAUUUAGGUAUCGAUUAUUACGAAUCGAAAUGAAGAUAUUCCACAAGAGAGUUUUAACUCUGGAAAUUUUCCAUGUAUAAGUAGAGGAAUCGUUUCUGCAAGUUUCCAAAGUGUUUCCUUAAUUGUAAAAUAUUGAUGAAAUCAUUCGUAGAUAUAAAUUAAUUUUGUUUGCAGAAAUAUGAUAAAAAACUUACUUACUGUACGAAAUGUGCCCAAUUACAAUCUUAAAUAGUUGCAACGUCUGUAAUUUUUCAUGAAUUGAAACGUAAGUAAUUUACUGAUUCGUGUUAUAAUUGAAACUUCGUAUUUAUUUGAUUCAAAUAUUUUCUAGAUUCUUUCGUAAAACGAUUAUUAUUAUUACGACGUUGAGAUGUUAUCGAUUGAAGUUAACAAAACGACAUUUAUAAUCUACUUUAGUGGAGUAGCUUAACUAUAGUCAAUAAUCGUAGUACAUGUAAAUAUUACAAUAUACAUAAUAGUACAUUGAUAGAAAUAUUUAUUUGAACGUAACAAUGUAACAUAAAAAAAAGUUUUCUGGACAAACAUACUUUUGUUGAGAUAAAAACAGUACGAAAUUAAAUCUUUUUUGUUUUAAUUUUUCUUUUUUUCUCUUACAUC